CACCCCAGUGAUCAUGAAUUUCUGGGAGACGGUGCUUUGUGCUUCCUUGGCCUCCCUCUUGGCCAUCAUCCUCGGUGGACUCUAUGCAAUAGGAGCAUUUCGCAAGCGGAAACCAAAAGAGCCUCCAUUGGACAAAGGCUUCAUCCCCUGGCUAGGGCAUGGGAUAACUUUCAAGAAAACUCCUUUUGCAUUUUUGACAGCGAUGCGGAAGAAACAUGGGGAUAUUUUCACAUGUCUGGUGGGUGGCAACUACCUCCAUUUUGUGCUAGAUCCUUGUACGUAUGGACCUCUAACAAGGGAAUCUGAAAACAAAUUAGAUUUUCAUGCAUUUGCAACCAUUAUUAGUGGAAAUAUUUUUGAUUUCCAGGCCAGUAAAGCUCUGGAUAAAGUUGCCAAAAUGAACAGCAAGUAUCUCAAGGGUAAGGAACUGGCAGCCCUGGAUCACAGGCUGAUGGAGAUGUUGCAAACCAUGAUGCUCCGCUGCCAGCAACCCAAAGAAGGGGAAAGAUCUUGGCAGGAGGAUACGCUCUUCCACUUUAGCUUCAAAACCAUCUUCCAAGCGGCUUUCCUGACAUUGUUUGGCACCGAACCGCAAAGCCAAGAAAACAUCAAGGAGAGGGAACUCAAACAAUGUGGAGAGAUAUUUGAAAUGUUUAUAGAAUUUGACUGUUUUGUUCCCCAGAUGGCCUUUGGGAUGCUGGACCCUUCCGGCAAAAAGAAGGCUGAAAGGCUGAGGAACAUCUUCUGGGACCUUCUGAACGUAGAGAAGGUAUAUGAGAAGGAGAACAUCAGCACUUGGAUUGUGAAGCAGGAUCAAAACCUUGCUGAGAUUGGAGAGAGUGAUGGCAUAAGGACAAGGAUCAUGUUUCUUUUUCUCUGGGUAUCUCAAGUCAAUACGGGUCCAGCUGUUUUCUGGAUUCUUGCAUUCCUCUUGAAACAUCCAGAAGCCAUGAAGGCGGUGAGAGAUGAAGUGGACAGAAAACUGAGAGAGGUUGGUCAGGAAGUCAAGCCAGGUAGCCCUUCCAUCAACGUGACUUUGGAUAUGAUGAAGACCCCUCUUCUGGACAGUGCCAUACAGGAAAGUCUGCGCUUGAGAGUAAGUCCGUUUCUGUUCAGAGGCGUGAUGCAGGAUACAGAGGUCAAGAUGGCCAAUGGAAAAACGUACAUCCUACGGAAAGGAGAUGCUCUGGUUCUUUCCCCCUUCAUUGCUCUUCACAUGGAUCCAGAAAUCUACCCCGAUCCUCAUGUCUUCAAGUAUGACAGGUUUGUGAACCCAGAUGGCACCAGAAAAGAAUUCUCAAAGAAUGGGAAAACCCUGAGGCACUCCAUUUUGCCCUUUGGGGCUGGGCACUCCAUGUGUCCCGGGAGAUACUUUGCUGUGAAUGAAAUGAAGAUCUUUGUCAUCCUGAUGCUCACUUAUUUUGACAUGGAAUUAGUGAACCCUGAGGAGGAAAUUCCUCCAGUAAAAGACAGCAGCUAUGGGUUUGGAACGCUAAAGCCUUCAUGUGAUAUUCGGUUUAAGUAUAGACUACGGUUCUAAAGGGAAGUUAAAUGUAAACCUGGCACAGUCAUCUUAUAGCUUGGCAGGUGGUUAUAGCUUGGCUGGUGUUGGGAGUGGGCCAUUAACUCAUAUUGAAACAUAUAGCCUUGAAGUGUGGAGUUUAUUUGUUGACAACACUACAAUCCAGAAAAAACUGUGGAAUUGCCAAAGGACAAGCAUAGUAUCUGGAGUAACCUGGGAGACGAAUCUCCAAACAUUGGGCAUGAUUUUUUUUGCAAAGUUACCG